CGAGCAUCGUGCAUCAGCCCCGGUUCGCCGCAAUCACAUCACGACAUUUGACAUUUAACAAGGUGUCCAUCCAUCCUUGACACCUUCCACAUCUCCCCUCUCACUACACCAUGCAAGACCCAAGAGACGCCCACCGGCCAGACGCGCGCUCGCGCUACUCGCCUCCGGACCGCUCACCGGGAGAAUCGUCCCACUCCAUCCCCAUCCCCAGCCACUAUCAAGGAGGGAGUGCGGAACGCUCUCCCCGUCCCCUCCCAUCACCCGGGAGCUCGCGCUCGCCCAGCCAGUCAAGCCUCAACUCGUACCGCGACCGCGCCCACCCAUACCAGCAGUAUCAGCGGCGCUCGAGCGUGACGCAGGGGGCGGAGGACCGCUUCCUGCCGCCGCCCAACAGCUCGGCGCCCCUACAUGUCCUCCACGAAGGCCGGCACCGCUCGGGCAGCGACGAGGAGAGGCACGCGCACCACGAACGUACACACAGCUACGAUCGCGAGCGCGACCGCGAGCGCGAGUGGCGGGACCACCGCCCGCCCCUCGUGCGCGCGCAGAGCGACACGCGCGGCGGCGCCUUCAACCUCCCGCCCAUCUCGUCGCUGCACUCAGGCUCGUCGUCGUCCAGCCCCUCCGGCUAUCCGCUGACGCCGACGAGCAACGGCGCGGCCCCGCCGCCCGGCGCCCCCAUGGGUCCGCCGAGCGUGCCGCACCCGACGUCGCCAGACGGCUCGCGCGCGACAUCGCCGCGCCCCUCCCUCGGCCCCCUCCGGCCCUCGUACCACUCGUACGAGUCCACGUCGCGCCCCGGCCUCGGCCUCCAAAAUUGCUACCGCAGCGAACACAGUCCGCCGCGGUACGAGCGUGAGCGUGAGCGUGAGCGCGAGCGCGAGCGCGACAUUGCGCCCCCGCGCUCUCCGCCACACGCAUAUGUGCCCUACCAGGACUACCACGGGCGUGCGCGCUCGCACUCGGCGGCCUCGGCGCUGAACCGCUACCCGCCGCCGGCGGCGCGCGCCCCGUCCGAAGGCGAGUGGGUGCAGCCCGUCGCGAACCAGUACCCGUCGCCGGGCACGGGGCAGAACCGGCGCCUCGCGCACCUCAUGAGCGAGCAGAAGCGGCGAGAGUCGAUCAACACGGGCUUCCAGUCGCUGCGCAACGCGCUGCCGUCGGCGAUCCCGACCGACUCCAAGGCCAUCAUCCUCCGCAAGGCCGUCGGGCACAUCAAGCACCUCGAGGACAUUGUGCGCAAGCACGGGAUCAGCCUCACAGACGCGGGCGAAGACGACGAGCCGAUGCGCGAGGCCACGGGCGCCGUCAACGGCCUCCACGUCGACAUGGACACAAAGUACGACAGCAUGCACGUCGAGGACGUCGAACGCAAGCCCGCGGUACAGGACUCGGUUUGAACACUUUACGCACUACGGACAAGACAGGAUAGGACAGGACAGAAACGAAGGGAUUUUUCGCGCACGAGAUCUGGGAUCGCAGUAGUUGUCGGGAUUGGUUGUGGAGCGCACUGUUGUAGCCUGGUUGUACGGGUAGUGGGACGUAGCGGAUGCAGGCCUCGGAGCUGGCUUGGCGCCCGGAAGUGUCUG